AGCCCGGACGCCUCUUAUCCAAGGCGUUUUUAAACGCGUACUGAUUUUGAAACGAGCACCCAGCGACGGUGUCGGCGACCGUGGAAAACGGGAUUUUUUUUUUUUUUUUUUUAAUAAAUACAUUUCAUUUCCUAUUUGGGGAGAGGUUGUAGAAGAAUGUAUUCUGUUGACAGACCGUUGGGAUAGAUAUGUAAUAGUUUCUCUCGCAUUUGCGCUGGUUUUUAUUUCGUCGCGGUUUUUGUUUUGUUACUGAGACCUCCUUGCUUCGACUCAGGAACUCCGCGUUGACAUUCCGUCUUUUGGCAGCUCCUCUGUUUUGCCGCAUGCAGAGGAAAUGGCAACCGCUCUCAGUGGCCGCAGUCUCGGUGGACGUGCCCAGAACCCCCGCAAAGGUCGCAUUUUGGGUAUUAUCGAUGCCAUUCAGGACGCGGUCGGACCCCCUAAGCAAGCCGCGGCAGACCGUCGGACGGUGGAGAAAACGUGGAAACUCAUGGACAAAGUGGUGAGGCUGUGCCAGAACCCCAGGCUGCAGCUGAAGAACAGCCCUCCGUACAUCCUGGACAUCCUGCCGGACACGUACCAGCAUCUGCGGAUGAUCCUGUGCAAGUACGAGGAGAGCCAGAAGCUGGCGCAGCUCAGCGAGAACGACUACUUCAAAGUCUACAUCGACAGCCUGAUGAAGAAGUCCAAGAGGGCUAUCCGCCUCUUUAAAGAGGGCAAGGAGAGGAUGUAUGAGGAGCAGUCGCAGGACAGGCGGAACCUCACCAAGCUCUCUCUCAUCUUCAGCCACAUGCUGGCUGAGAUCAAGGCCGUCUUCCCCGAGGGACACUUCCAGGGCGAGACCUUCCGUAUCACCAAGGCCGACGCAGCUGACUUCUGGAGGAGGUUCUUCAGUGAGAAGACGAUAGUGCCGUGGAAGGUAUUCCGUCAGUGUCUUCAUGAGGUGCACCCCAUCAGUUCUGGCCUGGAGGCCAUGGCCCUCAAGUCCACCAUCGACCUCACCUGCAACGACUACAUCUCCGUCUUCGAGUUUGACAUCUUCACGCGCCUCUUUCAGCCAUGGGGAUCUAUUCUGAGGAACUGGAACUUCCUGGCCGUAACCCACCCAGGCUACAUGGCCUUCCUGACAUAUGACGAGGUGAAGGCCCGGCUGCAGAAGUACAUGACCAAACCCGGCAGUUACAUCUUCCGGCUGAGCUGCACGCGGCUGGGCCAGUGGGCCAUUGGCUACGUCACCAGCGACGGGAACAUACUGCAGACCAUCCCCCACAACAAGCCGCUCUUCCAGGCACUCAUCGAUGGCUGUCGGGAAGGCUUUUAUCUGUUUCCCGAUGGCCGAAGUUACAACCCUGACCUGACUGGCUUGUGUGAACCCACUCCACACGACCACAUUAAAGUAACACAGGAACAAUACGAGCUCUACUGCGAGAUGGGCUCCACGUUUCAGCUGUGCAAAAUAUGCGCCGAGAACGACAAAGACGUGAAGAUUGAGCCUUGCGGUCACCUCAUGUGCACAUCCUGCCUGACCGCGUGGCAGGAGUCGGACGGCCAGGGCUGCCCCUUCUGCCGUUGUGAGAUCAAGGGCACGGAGCCGAUUAUCGUGGACCCCUUUGACCCUCGCAACGAAGGUGCCAAGUGCUUCUUCCUGGAGCAGUUCAGCUCGCCCAUGCUGGACGUGGACGACGAGGACGACCGCGACGAUGCACUUGUCAUGAAUGGCCUGGCCAGCAUCAGGAAGUGUGCAGACCUGCAGAACUCUCCGGUGAUGUCGCCGAACUCCUCCCCCGUCAGCCAGCGGCGGAAGCCGGCACCGGACCACGCGGGCCUGCAGCACCUCAGCCUACCGCCUGUGCCGCCCCGCCUCGACCUCAUCCACAAGGGCGUGAUCCGUUCGCCCGCCGCCAGCCCCACCGGCUCGCCCAAGUCCUCACCAGGGUUGGCCCGGAAACAGGACAAGCCCCUCCCAGCGCCCCCGCCCCCUCAGAGAGACCCGCCUCCUCCCCCUCCUCCUGAGCGCCCACCACCCAUCCAUUCUGAGGGACGGGCCAGCUGGCUGGCCGCGCCGCCCUCAGGCCUACCCCGCGACACGCCGCUGCCCCUGGAGGCCUGGAGCCCGAAGGACAGCAGCACGGUGGCAGACAGCAGGGCGGGGCCCGAGCGCUCUCCCAAGCUUGCCCAUGACGCCCCUGCUCACGUCAAUGAGAGACCCCUCAGCUGCAACGCCACCGAGUUGGUGGGCAUCGGCCGGCCCAGUCCUAGACUGGACGCGCACACGGACUCCAGUAAGCCCCUCUCCAAUGGCCUGUUUUCCUCUGAGGAGUAUGAUGUGCCCCCCCUACGUCAUUCCCCUCCCCCGCCUGCUCUCACUAGCAACAACAACCAGAGACUUCCCAACCUGUCCAGCAGCUCGUGCUGGGAGAGGCCGAGGGGAGGCGCGGAGCGCGCGGACGACGAGUACCAGGUCCCUUCGUCACACUCUGUGUGCAUCACGCAGCCUCCAGUGUGCAUCUCGGUCCGCAUCCCUAAUAGGGGCGCGGAGAAUGGCUCCUUGGAUCUCACCUCGGAGGGCAAGAAGCCGAAGGCUCACGACCACGGUGGGUUUGACUCAGGCUUGUCUCUUUUGGGUGGGGCACGUGCUACACAGUGCCCCCUUCACAACAACAGGACUCCGUCCGACUACGACAUUCUACUGCCUCCUCAAGCCUCCCCAGCAGACGACCCGUUCGCCACGCCGCCCGCACAACCCCCUCCACCGCCCCCAGUUAGACACAGCUUUCCGGACGCGUCCUCCUCUCCGUCCUGCUCCAGGCCUGCGCGUCCUGUGUCCGGACACGACCACUUCCUCUCUAACCCAGAUACCUUCCUGGAUAUUCUGAGUGCGUCUGCCCCCCUUCCCCCUGUUAGGAGACAGACAGAAAAUGUGAAAUCAGCAGUCAGAACGUCACAAGAGUACGACCAGCUGCCUCCUGCACCAAUGGCUGGGGAUUGUCUGCAGGCACCUGCUCGGCCACCUAAGCCCUUUCCCAGGAAGACCCCUCCUGAGAUCCAGUACCGGAGACCACCAGAGUCCUCCCAUGAGAACGUGGAUGCUAAGAUCGCCAAGCUAAUGGGCGAGGGCUACUCGUUCGACGACGUGAAGCGGGCCCUGAUGAUCGCCCAGAACAAGGUGGAUGUGGCGCGCAACAUUUUGCGCGAGUUUGCCCUCGUGGCCCCGAGACUGAACCUGUAGCCCAGCGCCCACUCGUCUCUGCCCGAGCCUGCCGAGAGGAAGGCUGUUUGCGGAGAGGGCACUGCCCAGGGCCACCCAACCCCCUCUGCGGGCACGCACCAGAGCCCGGGACCGAGGGAAAGAGAGGCGCGGGCUUACGGGCCUGGAUGAGGAGAUGAUGUGUGGGGGAGGGGGGGAGGAAACCUGUGAAAAAGACCUUUUGUUUACAGUGACGUGUCGCUUGGCGGCUUUCUGCUGCCACCUGCUGGCUCCCUCCAUUCUGCUUCAGCUCCUACACUUCAGGAGAGGAACUGCGAGCCUCUGGCCUAGCUCUGUGUGCUGGAGUCGGCCUUGAACUGGCUGAAAUGGAAAUGGGAGUCGGGCCUCCCCCGCCAACUGUUGCCAGUGUGAUGCCGGCUAAUGUCUCCUGUCCUGCCAGCUGUGCUGUUGCUGCUGCAAGUCUCUCUCACACACACACACACACACACAUCUACAGUUUUAUCGUUCUGUUUUUGUCCUCUUUGAUUUCUCGGUAACCAGACGAGUCGCACGUCGGACCGCACACCGUGUGGCCCUUGCCUUCUGUCUGCAGCCUCCGGCGGAGCGCUGAUCAGGGCAACAGACAAGCUCUACUAGCCUGAAGAGUAGAGUGCAUCCUUUAGUGACGCACAUCGUCUCUCAGCUUUGUAGUUUAAAGUGAGAGUAGCCAUUUUGCAGCACUAUAAUCAGGCCCAAUCCACUCUGAAAGAGAGAGAGGUGGAGAUUUCUCCAUCAGGCCGUGGUUCGCACUCCACUGCCAGACCCCGUAAUCAACGCAAUCAACACAAAUUCCUUACUAGAGGUUUCCAUCCAGCUGAUGAAGGGGAUGGGACUUUGCUGUCGGCUAUGCAAGAGAAAGUGCCUCCAAACCCGCCUCCAAACCUGCCUCCAUCCUGCCUCCACCCCAACACUGCCCUCCCCGAGAGACUCCCACUGAGUUCCACUCAAUCUGGGUUACUUUUGAUCAUCUAAAGUACAUCUCAUGGACUUCAAAAGCUCCAAUUACACAUUGCAGUCACAUUACACAAUAAAUUCAUAUCACAGAGUUCAUGUUUUUUUUUUUUUAUGUACUGGCUACAUUUCUCAGAAUCCUUCCUUUUACCUCUGGGCAGUGUCUGGUAUGACGAGAUUCAGUCACACCUUUUUUUUUUUUAUCUGUUAUUCCUCUUAGCAGUUUCAUUUGUACCUGGUCUACUUUUCUCAAGCUCGCUCUCACCCAGAGAAGGGGCUGGCCAGUGCAUCAGGGUGUUCUGUGUAGAGCCUUGGGGGCUUUUUACUUUCUCCUACCUAAUAUAAUGGCGUGGAGCACCUGGCAAAAACUAGCUGUGGUCAGUGCUAGGAAGGGAUUGCCAAAACAUUGGUAAAAUGAGUUUCCUAAACCCAACAGAGUGUGGUACAGGUGUUUGUCUCGCGCUGCUGCCCUACCACAGAAGGGCUGUCGCGGUGACUCUUUAGGGCUUCGUGUUUCUCUGCUCAGUCCUGCCUCGUCCUGUGUACUGAAGGGCUUCUGAAUGGCUGCGCUCUGGGCGCUUGAACCAGUGGGAGCACAGAAAGACCGAUUAAACUGGCCUCGUAUUUUAAAAGCAGGAUGAUUUGAGAUUAAAAUGGCAUGACUUCUAGGGUAAGCGGCCAUAAAGAAGUUCCAGCAUAAAGGUUGUCGUAUUCCAGCUGUGGGCUCCACAUUGUCUAGCACUGAUUCAGUGAGGGGGAAACGCACCAAACUUCCGUCCACAUUCUGAGACGGAGACCAGGUUCCUCCUGCCAUGGCCGAUCGGAUCCUGCAGAUUUUUUUUUAAAGCCCAAAAUUGAGAAGCAAGUGGUUUGGUUUGUGCUUUUUUGCUAAGCUCAUAGCAGUUUAAGACUUUUUUGUUUGUUUUUUUUUUCUCCUGCCCUGCACCUAAGAACAGGUUUAAAGAAAGGUGAGCAGUAGCACUUCAUCACUCCACUUCUGGACCCCAGCUGUGCCGGCACCCCCGCUCACACCUGGCUUGGACUGGACACUCCUUCCCUCCCAGCUUUAGUUUUGCACUGGUACCCCCCCCCCCCUCCUCCUCAACUGGCAAGACUUUAACAGACAGAGUGAACCUUUAGUGAGGUGUGCAGAGGAUGGAGCCGUUGCUAGGGACUGUCUCUAGGCUCUGGGCUUUAGUGUGUCCCCCCCCCCCCCACACUUUUUUUUUAUUUUUAUUUUUUUUAGAUUUUUUGGGGUCUGUUUUUUAGUGGAAAAUGCCUUGUGGAUCAUGUAAUGUGUGCAAUUAAUUUAUACUUUGUUAAAACAAACAAAAAAAAAAACCCUGAGAUUAUUUUCAUUGUUCAGUAAUGAUGUUAACUUUGUGAUCUGUUCUUGUGAAAAUGUUUUAUAAAAGCCAGUAUUAUUAGCA